AUGUUGUGGCACCACGAAUGUAGCCGUUGCGUUCGCGUCGUGAGUCAAACGAACCAGUCGCGUAGUGUCACCGGGAGGAGAGGACACGCUCGCUUGCGUCAAAUCGUUCGUCGUCGUUCGGUGAAUACUUACGUGUUUUUCCUGAUGACCUCAAAAAGAAACAAAUUGAGCAGAGGCAAGCCAAAAUCUUUGUUUCGAGAUGAUGAAUCUAACCACGAUCCAUAUUCUGACGAUGAUGGUGAAUAUGGUUCAGACCACAAUUACGAGCCCGCUGAUGAAGAUGAAGAUAGCAGCAGUGACUACAGUGAAAUUUUCGAUGUUCAUAGAAGUCGCUUUGAACGGAAUAGACAAAGAAUUGGGUCUGAAAGCGAGAAGUCGUAUCAUGGUUCUGCUGGCGAGCAGUUAGACCAGAAUUCUGUUAAUGAAAGAAACUUUGAUGAAACCGAACGUGAUUCCGACAUAAGCGAUUGUAGUAUUUUCGAUCACCAUCAAAUUCAAGUAGCAGGGAAUGAGAAAGAAAGCAGCGUUCAAAGUGAAAACAUCAAAACGACCAAGUCAAUAAAGAAGUCUAGCCUGCAGAUCAAAAACUUACAAUUGUCUGCUCAUAGAACCCAUGGUUACGGGUACACAGGGAUACUCAAAGGUGCGUCUCUACCAACCGAGUAUGUGGAGAAUGAUAGGUGCAACACAUGCGCAGGCUCGGUACUACCCUUUGCCUUAGCAUUCAGCCACUUGCAGGUGGCAGCCAGUAGCAUGUCACCCGCCACCAGUCCCACCGUCCAUCAACCAGCCGCUAAACUACUGCAGCCGCCCCUCGGAAUUCUUUUGAAUUCACACCUAUGA